AACUAUUUUACAAAAACAAAGCUACCCUUUAGACAACAUGCUCAAUUUUUCAGUAUUUUUACUAUGACUUGCUAUUAAAAAUUAGAAAAAAAUUAUUUUUAAAUGAUUUUAUGUCAAAUCAUGCCACGUAGAGCUCCCACUGGAAAACUGGACGUAAUAGGGAAGUUGGAGCUUAGUCCAGAAAAAGCUUGUGGAUUUUAUUUAGAAUCGAAACAACAAGAUAAAUAUUUCCUAAAGCCGCAGCAAUGGGAUAAUGUUGGCGAUAGCAUUGAAUUAAUUUCAAUCAAAAAUGAACGCGAGUAUUUAGCUAUGACAAAACUUCAGCGUGAAAUGAUGGAAAGUGCUCAAAGACAAAAGAUUUUAAAUGCUCAUCGUAUUGAAGAAAUGUAUAAAACUCAAAAAGAUUUGCGUGAAAAAUUCAUAAAUAUAAAUCAAUUUAUACAAGAAUGUGAAACAAAAAGAAAUAAAGCAGAAAAAAAAGUUCAGAUGCAACUAAAAUUACAACAAGAUCUCAAAGAUAAAAUAAAUAAGUUUCAAAAUGACAUUGCGGAAUUGACUGAUUUUAGAGACAAUUUAUCUGUUAUAGUUAAGGAAUUUGAGCCAUACGAAACUGUAAUUGAGGAAGUAGUCGCCAAAUCUGGUAUUCUCAAAUCAGUAAAGGAAUGCAUGGACCGAUGUGAUGCUCUGAUGUUAGCGCAAACUGAAAUUGCCGAAUUGGAGCAAGAAAAAAUUAAAUCUAUCGAGGAUAUGAGGCAGAAAAUGGUAAAGGCAACAAACGACGCAGAAUUAACUAUCCUGGGGUUAACAACACAUCUGACGGAAUUAGAAAGAGCAUAUAAUGAUGCAAGAAGUGAAUCAUUUAAAUGGGAAAAAUUAAUGGCUACAACAAAAGAUUGUAUUGCCGAAAAUGAGUUAACUUGCGACCGAGUUAUGGACGCCAUACAGAAUAUGUACAAAAUUUUAUGUAAAAGAAAUGAAAUUGAUCCAGAGUAUAAAAGAGAAGAUAUUGAAUCCAUACUAGAUUUCAUAAAAGAUGAAGUAGAGAUUUUGCAAACGGUUGUAAAAAUUUGUCAUCAAAAAUUAGAAAAGAAGAAAGUCUAAUGAAAGCUGAAAAGAUGAAUUUAUGUUUGACCCGUAAUCAACGAAAGA